AAAAGAUUAAAGAUGCAUAAAUCGUCCUUAGAUAAUCCGCCCCUAAAUUCCCCACCAGCUGCUGCUUCGGCAACAGGACAAGAACGUCCUCCUCAGAGAAGGUCAAUCAUCAGUGGUUCACAGCAAACACCAGUAAUACAACAAACGAACGUUCCCAUUCAGACAAUCCGACCAAAUCUUCAGGUCUCGAACGCUCAACAAAAUGUCAUACAGCCGGUAAACCUUAAUUACCAAAAUCCCGAUCAAAUGAAUAUUAUGCAGGGUCACCAUGGGCUUCCUUUUGCAAAUAAUCGUGUUCCCACUUCGAGUGUUUCUUCUAGGAUGCCUCAAGUGACACGCCACCAGUCUGCUCCGGUGAUGAAACAUAAUCCUCAACAGACCCAGCCUAUUAUCUCAAAUUCAGGAACGUUGGUCGCGGGAAUCCCAAUCAGCAUGUCAAACACAGCUAGAACAUCCUCGGUGCAACAAACUCCUUUAAUGAACAAUCCUAUUUAUGGUACUCAUACGGAUAAUUAUAGGAGUUUGACCGCCUCCCCAAAUCUAGCUGCUAGACCUAUUGGAAUGAAUAUGACGCCCUUUGAAAAUAUUACAAAUAAUCCAACGAUUCAACAUGGAUUCAAUUCAGCAAUUCAUCAUAACUCUCAGCAACAAAAUCCGUUGAUGCUACAACAAACACGUAUGGCAUCUACAGUAACAAACGAUUUGUCGUCCAAUUCAAAUCGUCCUGUUCGUCCUCCUAUGGCAUUAACUGUAAACUUGCAGGACCCCGUAUCGCAACAAAGGACGCAACCAACUAAUUCGGCCCAAUCGUCGCAAGUUUUAUCGGCGCCAGCGCCACAUCAAUCAAUACAACGCGAACGUCCUAUCCAGGGAGCAUCAACAAAAUCGAUACCAUUAAUACGUCCUGCAGAAUCCCCCCGUUCGAUCAUAGAACCAUCAUCGCAUGUUCAAACUUCUUCACAUACAUCAAACCGUGGCGCAGUUUCAGAUAGUAUUUCACAACCAAUUUUGCAAAAUACUCAACCAUUAACAGUCCAUUCUGCAAUUCGUACUUCACAAGUGUCUCAACAAGUAAUGGGACACAGUUCUCAUCGCAGUACACAAAAGGGCAAUUCUCAAGGGAGUUCGUCAACUAAUGCAAAAUCAUCAUUGGUUUCACAAAAAACUUCACACUCUCAUACAUCAUCAAGAUCAUCGCAUAAAUCAUCUCACAAAUCGGCACAUAGACUCUCACAAAAUUUAUCGCAUUUAACUCCGCAAGAUUUAGACGCUGAAGCUGCAGAUGCAGCAAAUGUACUUGUAAUGUCAUCAAGACAAAGAGUAGAUCAACAGCGAUCUGUAAACAUGGACCACAAUGUUGUUUCAGGCAUUAAUCAAUAUUCAGAAUUGAAUGGAAAUGGUAAUAUUCUGAAUAGCAGUAUGAAUGGGAUUGAGAGUAAUCAACGUGGUAUGAGUUUCUUUGGGAAUAAUACAUCCAUAGAUUAUUCGGUUUCAAAUGGUAUAAAUGAUGAGAGCAUUAUGAAGGAAGAAAUAGGAUUGACACCACAUAAUAGAGGUCAUAAAAUGAAAAACCGUGCCGCCGCUUUAGAUGGCGGCGUUAGAUUGCGAGCUCCCUAUGGGUAUCAAGAAGAUUUAGAACCUGUUGAUGUGCCUAAUGGUUCGCGACAUCAUAUCAUAUACCGUAUUCAUAAGCCAGAUAUUGAACACAUAACUGAAUUUAAUGGAGAUCUUUCAGACAAUCCGUACAAAGACAUUGAUGUCAAGGAAAUUCUUAGUCCAUUAAAAAGGCCUGAAGAUGCUGUUCGUAAACCUCAUGCCUUACAUGUAUUAAGGAGUCAACAUUUAGAUUCUUUAGCAACUUCGCUACGCGAAAAAAUAGAACAAGAAAACAAUUAUAGGAGAUAUAUUAGUAGAUUAAUGGAUAUUUUACAAGGUGACGAUGUUAUGUAUCAAGAUUUAGAUUUCCGACUUAAUCCACCUCCGGAAACAAUAAGCACACGUGUGGUUAAAGCAGAGGAGGUUGAAUGUGGAUUAAGCUUUGGAGUCUUGAAUGUUGGUUUACAAGGGAGUGAUAGGAGCAAGGGCAAACUUGCACAAGAGACAAAGGAUCAAGGUUUAGAGAUACUAAUUCAAGUCCGUAAUCAACUACAAUCUCAACUCGAAUCUAGUAAUGAAAUCCUUCGAUCAUAUAUAAAAAUACACGAGGGCUUAUUAAACGCCAUCCGACGGAGAAAUCAAGUUUACAAUAAGCUACGUGAAAUUGAUAAACAACGUAAAAUAGAGGAGGGAAGGGAAACGGAUCGUCGUGUGGAUACAUAUGCAGGUCAAGGAAAAUGA